GAGGCAAAAGGAAAAUCAGGGCGGUGCUGGCUGAGCGGUCAAACUCAGUCCACACGGAGAGCUCGGCUUGGUUAGAGGCUACUCAGAGCCGCUGGUCAGAGCUGGUCAUCACUGAUCCACAAGGGCACUGUCAAACGUCGGACGAAUAUAUAUUCCCGGUGUGAUCGAUGUGCCUCGCGCGCGUCCUUCCCUGAAGCUGACCGUGGACGAAGGAGAUCCGAACAUCCGAACGAAGAUCCGGAUUCGUGAGAGGCCAAGAUGCGCGAGUCAGUGAAGAGUCAUUCGUGAAGCAGUGAAGCCACACCGAGCCUCUUUAUCGCGGAAUGAAAGGAUAGCUUCUGUACAAGCACAGGAAAUUUCACGAACGUGCAUCUCUUUCUUUGCGAGUCCGAGCAGUGCUAAUCGAUCGGAAACGGAACGGUGAUCCAUCGACGUCCGAGAAUGACAGUAAUAAGGAUGACCUCGCCGGUGACGCCUGCAUCGACCAGCCCAGACUCGGCGGACGAGGCUCAGGCGCUGCGGGCGAGUCCUAAGCCGGCUCAUCGAUUGAGCUUCUCCGUCGCGGCUCUGCUGGCGGACACCAAAAGGACACCGUCGGAACCGUCGACGAGGCAGGACACGCUUCUAGCGUCGUCGAGAUCGUCGGCGUACGCGCCAAUUCGACAGGAGCCUCGCGUGCUGAAACACCCGUACGACUUGAAAACGUCGAGAUACGCUCUGUCGUCGUCGCCCAGCCUCAAUCAGGAGGCCAGACUGAUUCACCGCGUAUCUCCUCACAGCGCUUCGGAGUCGAGAACACCGCCGAGGUAUUCCGAAGCGAUCGAUUACGCCUGCAACAUCGAGUCGCCCGGCAAACGAUCGACUUCCGACAGCGUGGACUAUCGCGUGCAUCCAUCCACCGACGCCAGUUCCACACCGGAACCAAUGGUAGGUUGUUCCUCGUCUCCGAAGAUCGUCGGCCAUCACGGCCAGGAUGCCGGCUCGCAGUCGCCAAGAAGCAGCUCCCACGGCGAGGCGCACUCGAGGUGUUCCGAAACGGACGACAUCGAGGACGACGACGAGAGCAGGCUGGUCGACGUCGAGGAUCUUCAACAUCAUCCGUCCAGCCCGACUCCCGUUAGGCCGACGCCGGCCUAUCUCGGCGGUUUUUCCACCAUCGGCGGUAUCCCGGAGAUUCCGCCUGGUCUUCACCCCGCGGUCUGGGGUGGCGGACAUCAGAAUGCAGCCGCCGCCGCAGCGGCGGCCGCGGCGGCCGCGGCCACGGCCUUCUUCCCUUCUCAUUUCUCUCAUCAUGCUCCUCUGAACGAGAACGGCGAGCCGGCUAAGAUUAAGUGCAACCUGAGGAAGCACAAGCCGAACCGAAAGCCCAGAACGCCCUUCACGACCCAGCAGUUGCUGGCCCUCGAGAAGAAGUUCAGAGAGAGGCAGUACUUGAGCGUCGCCGAGAGAGCGGAGUUCUCUUCGUCGUUGCACCUCACGGAGACACAGGUGAAGAUCUGGUUUCAGAACCGACGUGCCAAGGCAAAGCGUUUGCAAGAAGCGGAAAUCGAGAAGCUAAGAAUGUCGGCCGUGAGACAGCAUCACACGGCGCUCUAUGCUUCGCACCCGGGGAUCUUAACCCCCGCGGGACUUUAUCCUGUAGGAAUGCUGUCUCAUCCCGGGUUGACGCCCCAUCAUGCGAUCACUCAGCAUCCCGCGAGGGAAUGAGAGCAGUAGUGUUCGAUACUGGUCUGAAACCGCUGAAAGAAUCUGUCAUCGAAUUGUUAUACAUUCAAAGGAAUGAUUUGGACUAUGCAAAAAAGGCAGACUUGCAAAUUAUGCGAUUGUAAAACAUUGAUUAAUAAAAUGGUUUUAAAAUGAUUGCAGAGAGAGAGAGAGAGA